AUGGCGGACGAUCUCACUUUUGCCUUCAAAAGAUUUGACCUGAACCCAGAGGAAGAGGAAGGAGUUGAUAUGAGCUUCGAGGAUAUCCAACAAAGUGUAGAGGAGUGCCAACUAAGUCUGAUGGGAAAAGUUAUAGGGGAGAAGGUCACAAAUUUCACAGGGAUUAAGAAUUUCACAGCUCAUGUGUGGGGUUAUCCAAAGAAUUUGAAGGUCACGGAACUUAAAGCCAAUCUUUUUUGGUUCCAUUUUGAAUCUGAACAAGAAAUGGAAAAAGCUCUUUAUGGUGGUCCAUGGGUCAUAGACAACCAAUUACUGGUUAUCAAGAAAUGGGAAGCUGGGAUAGAGAGGAAGAUGGAAGUGUUUAAUAGAGCAUACCUGUGGGUCCAAAUCUGGAACUUGCCGAUCCACUGGAUGAGUAAGGCUGUGGGUUUUAAGAUAGGAGAUGUCUUCAAAUAUGUAAGGGAAGUCAUUAUCCUUUCCAGUGGGGGAAAAGCAAGAAGACAUAUGAAAAUUUUGGCUGAAAUAGACAUAGCAAAACCAUUGGCAAGAGGAACAAGGGUCAAGUUGAAUGGGGUACAGUGUGGAAUUAUUGGUCAUGGUGAUAAGAACUGUAAUAAUGAAGGACUAAAUCAGUACAACUUAAGAGAAGACCAAUAUGGAGCUUGGAUGAAGGCUGGGAAUAUUAUGGCUUCACCUCUGAGGACCAGGACAAUGGAGCCUAGGGAGAGAAUUCAUGUGAGUGGAACACAACUGAUCCGAGGAAAUAAGGAGACAAGAGCAAAGGAAGGAAACAAUGACACUGAGGAAAAUAGUAAGGAAGGGAAUCAAGUUGCUGUUAUACCAACAUUGGGUAGAGGGAAACCUGAACCUGUUGAUACCUGUGGAGUACGAAGUGCAGAUACAAAAGCAACGGAAAAGGAAGGGAAGAAGUAUAAAGAGGGCCAAAUGGAAACCAGAAAGGACAGUGAAAAACAAGAAGGGGUAGGGGAUAAAUUUAAAAUAGAUCCAGAAUCACAGGGGCAACAUGAAGGGAAAGGGUUGGAAAGAACUGAGGAGAUAGUCAUGGAUGUAACAGUCAUGGAUGUAACAGCAUCUCUGGAGGGAAAGAAGGAAAGAGUAGGAAAUCAGAAAAUGAUGGAGAAUGUAGGAAAUAAGGAAAACAUGGGGAUGCAGGAGCAAGUGAUCAAGGGUGGACAUGAGCCAAAACAAAGAAAGUUCACAAGAAGGACAAGAGCACUAUUGGGAAGUAUAAACAACACACCUGUGGUUAAAAUGCAGGGGGGAAAAGGAAAACCAGUGAGUGGAAUGAAGAUGUUGAAAUGCUAG